CGGGUGACGCGGGUCGCGACCGACCCUUGGCCACGGCCGGUAUCCCCGAUCAGCUGUUCGGCGGGUCGGCCACCCCGGCCGCCGCCGAGUCCCCGCCCUCCGACGACGAAGGCGACGCGGGCGGUGGAGGCGAGACAGAGUGGCAGCCGCUGCUCGACCUGGACGAUUCUGGGAAGCUAGUCGACGAGGCGCAGGCCGGCGAUGACGUCACAUCGGAGAGCAGCAGCAGACGGCCAGCGCGGCGAACCUCCAGCAGCGUGCAGUGCAGCUUCUGUGGCAAAAUGUGCUGCAACCGCCAGACACUGAAGGUGCACGCGCGCGUCCACACGGAUGAGCGGCCGUUCGCCUGUCCCGCCCCCGACUGUGGCAAGGCCUUCCGGCAGCGCGUCCACCUGCGCCGCCACGUGCGCUGCCACGAUACCGUGCGUCACUUCAGCUGCCCCGUCUGCGGUCGCUCGUUCAAGUUCGAGUCGAAUCUGCAGCGUCACAAGGAACUGCACGACAAGGGCAGCGGCCCCCUGCGGCCGCGCCGCUACCGCGACAACAAGGGCAUCCUCUGCAACCUCUGUGGCAAGAAGUUCGUCUCGCCAGCGGCCUUCGAGAACCACGUGCGCGUGCACACCAACCACCGACCGUUCGUGUGCGGCGUCUGCCAGAAGGGUUUCAAGCAGAAGUCGCACCUCACCGAGCAUGAGCGCAUUCACUCAGGCCAGAAGCCGUUUAAGUGCGUGCGCUGCGAGCUGACGUUCUACAACCGGAGCCGCUUCAAGCUGCACCAGGUGAUGCACCUGAACGAAGAUGUGCAGAAUGGCGAGUCGCCCGAAGUGCUCGAUCCGGAGCACAGGUUUCCGGUAUGCACCAUCUGCUCCAAAAGGUUCAUCAACGCCAGCAAUCUGAGGCUGCACCAGCGACGGCACAGCAACGCCAAGCCGCACGCCUGCCACCUGUGCAGCUUCCGCUUCAAGAUGGCCAAGAGCCUGGACAAGCACCUGGCCUCGCACCACAAGGAGGAGCAGCAGCGGCUGGAGGCCGGAGAGCAGCUGCAGCAGGAGCGGCAGCAGUCUCAGGUCAGGUCUGCGGCCGGCCUGCCGGUCGCGGAGACGGGCGCCGAGGCAGCCGUCAUCAUCCUCCGCGAGGAGGAGGACGGCAGCCUGACGUAUGUGCCAGAGCUGCAGGACGCCAGCACCGACGGCAGGGUCGUCCAGGUGGUGUUGGACGAGUCGGAGCGGAAGCAGGUAGAGCACCUGAUGACGGCGAACGCGCUGGACGACAAAUGGAUGGCAUCGCAGCCGAUGAUGGUGCCGGACGUGGCCGGCGGCCUGGCGGGGGAGCCGCCGGCCACGUCCGGCACCAUCAUCGGCUGCGAUGCCAUCCAUUUGUCGUCCAGCGCGUUCGCCGUCAUCAGGUGCUCUACCUGCUUCCGCUCCGACUCGUCCAACACCACCUGGCGGCGACAACAACUCACGCACUGA